AUGAAGCAUGAGCUUCAACCGGUAAUUCAUGAAAAUCAUAUUGGAUUUUCGCUCGCAUUGUUUGAGCUGCGAAAAAACAUGAGUCUAGAUCUUUUUUCUCCUGGAGUAUCCUGUCUGAAAUUUUCCAUGCGUUAUGAAAAAUUUAAAAUUUGCAAGCAAUUUGAAUGCUCGCUUCAGCUGGUCAGAAAAUCAACUCAAUGGAAAGUUAUAAAUUUUGUAAUUAUUUUGUCAGAAAAAAUGGGAGAACGCAAGGGAACAAACUUAUACUAUCCACCGGACUACGAUCCGCGUAUGGGUGGACUAAACAAAUUUAUGGGCACCCAUGCCUUACGUGAGCGAGCACGUAAAUUACAUAUGGGAAUAUUGAUAAUAAGAUUUGAAAUGCCAUUUAAUAUAUGGUGUAAUGGAUGUAACAACCAUAUUGGUAUGGGAGUAAGAUAUAAUGCCGAGAAAAAAAAAAUUGGAAUGUACUACAGCACUCCGCUUUAUAUGUUCAGAAUGAAGUGUCAUUUGUGUGAUAAUCACUUUGAAAUAAAAACUGACCCAGCUAAUUUAACUUAUAUAGUAGAAACUGGAGCGCGUCGCCAAGAAAAUCGAUGGGAUCCAACAGAAAAUGAACAGAUUGUACCAGAAGAAAAAGAAGUAUCAAAAAGACUUUAUGAUGAUCCGAUGUUCAAAUUGGAGCACUCGAUGGACGAUAAGAAGAAAGCUAAAUCACAGGAUACUACUUUAAAUGCUAUAAUUGCUAAUAAUGAACAAUUUUUUAUAUUAAAAUUGGAAUUCAAAAAUUGA